UCCCGCCCCUUUCUGGGCCACAGCGGUCCCUUUAAGGGCCAAGAGGUGCGCGGUCUCUUUAAGGCAGGUCCUGGUGGUUUCUGUUUUCUGAAGGAAGUGACGGGGGGUGGGAUUGAAUGAAAAGUGCUGAACGGAGUCGGGAGCUCAGGAGUUCGGGCGGCUGGGGCCGCGGCGACUGGGGGACACGCACCGGAGUGGGGGCACUGUCCGCGACUCGGGGUGCGUGGCUGAUCGCGGCCCACGUGCGUUGGCAGCACGUCGUGGGGACAUCGGGAUUGAGUCUCCCCUCUUGAGGAGGCGACUGCCGGGAAUCCCAGGACCGGACCCCUAACUUCGGGCGAACUUUGUAGGCGCGUGUCCCCUCCCCCACGCGGCGCGCCGGGGCCCCCGGGGAUGCGGCCCCCCGGCCGCCGCGACGUCCCCUCGGCGCGCCCCGCGCUGCCGCUGCUGCUGCUGCUACUGUCGCCGCUGCUGCUUGGGGCGCCGCGCGGCGUGGGAGCGGGGAGCGGCGUGCCAGCAGAGCUGCGGGUCCGUGUGAGGCUGCCCGACGGCCAGGUGACAGAGGAGAGCCUGCAGGCGGACAGCGACGCCGACAGCAUCAGCCUCGAGCUGCGCAAACCCGACGGCACCCUCAUCUCCUUCACCGCGGAUUUCAAGAAGGAUGUGAAGAUCUUCCGAGCCCUGAUCCUGGGGGAGCUGGAGAAGGGGCAGAGUCAGUUCCAGGCGCUGUGCUUUGUCACCCGGCUGCACCACAAUGAGAUCAUCCCCAGUGAUGCUAUGGCCAAGCUCCGGCAGAAAAACCCCCGCGCGGUGAGGCAGGCUGAAGAAGUGCGGGGUCUGGAACAGCUCCACAUGGACGUCGCCGUGAACUUCAGCCAGGGGGGCCUGCUGAGUCCUCAUCUCCACAAUGUCUGCGCUGAGGCCACUGACGCCAUCUACACCCGCCAGGAAGAUGUCCAGUUCUGGACGGAGCGAGGCGUGGACAGUUCCGUGUUCGAGGCCCUGCCCAAGGAACAGACGGAGUUGCCUCGCUGUGCGCAAGUGAGAGACCGAGGAAAGCCCUGCGCCUGCCGCUACAGUCUGAGCCUGGCCUGGUAUCCUUGCUUGCUCAAGUACUGCCACAGCCGCGACCGGCCGGCACCCUACAAGUGUGGCAUCCGGAGCUGCAGGAAAAACUACAGCUUUGACUUCUAUGUACCUCAGAAGCAGCUGUGCCUCUGGGAUGAGGACCCCUGACUGGGGGGAGCAAAGAACCGCUCGGACCCGCAAGUUCUUCACUGGCCACCAGAGGGCGUGGCAACCCUAUCUGGGGCCUCAGGUCCUUUCCUGUGCCUCUGAUGCUGAAGCCGUGACCUCAUCUGCAUGACUGUGAAAGGGUGUCACCCAGCAGGGCCAAGCUUGGGCAGCCCCAAUGCCUACCCGUGCCCAUCUGGGGGACGGAGGGGGGUAAACCAUUCUCCAGACUAGUGCCCUCCCUCUUCACGUCCCCCGAAACGUCCCACGUACGUGUAAUGAAAAUGAACCGGCCUGGGCUUCUUUCGUGGGACUUGUUCCAGGGGUGUGUUCCUGCAUCACACCUUCCCACCAGCAAGGGGACCACUGACCAGGGAGGGACUUCUGGGGACUCAUGCCCCAGCUCCCGUGUCUGAAGUGCCUUUUCUGCCCCCGGGGGCAAUGGAGAACAGGGAGACCGCUGCCCCUGAGACUGCCACAUGUGCCUUUCCUGGGACCCAACUUGGAUUCGUCAGCACACACCAAUUCUUCCUCCCGUUGGACUGGAGAAGGAUUUUGGCAAGGCUCUGUUGGACUGGAGAAGGAUUUUGGCAAGGCUCUGGGGCAGGAAGGGAGUAUGAAGUACAAGGAAAACUUGAAUUCCAGAUUUUUAAUACAAAAUAUUUAUCAUUUGUACAAGAAAUAAAAGUUUUCUCUCACCUAA